GCCGCACUCUGAUUGGCUGGCAGCGGUCAGGCCGGGGCCGGUGACGUAGUCAGAGAUAGAAAGCGCUUUCCCCGGCAGCCUACGCUCACAUUCCGGAAGAGGGACGAGCAGACAACAUGUGCGACUUCUCAGAGGAUCAGAUCGCCGAUUUCAGGGAGGCCUUUGCUCUCUUUGAUCGCACUGGAGAUGGCAGAAUCGUCUACAACCAGUGUGGAGAUGUUAUGCGGGCUCUCGGCCAGAACCCCACAAAUGCUGAGGUUCUUAAAGUCCUGGGAAACCCUAAGGCUGAUGAGUUGAACACAAAGACACUUGGCUUUGAUCAGUUCCUACCUAUGAUGCAAACUAUUGCAAAGAACAAGGACCAGGGCACAACUGAUGACUUCGUUGAGGGGCUGAAAGUAUUUGAUAAGGAAGGCAACGGCACAGUGAUGGGGUCGGAGAUCCGCCAUGUUCUUGUCACACUAGGAGAAAAGAUGACGGAGGAAGAGGUGGAGAUGCUACUGACUGGCCAUGAAGAUGCCAAUGGAUGUAUUAACUAUGAAGACUUUGUCAGGCACAUCAUGUCAGCGUGACCUCACCCCCCGGAACUUGUCCGGAUGGUAAUGAGCGGCUGAAUCUUCCCUUCUGUGUGCGACCAGCCAGACCAGACGGGCACCUUCAUGUAUUAUUGUCUAUCUGUUAUGAUAUUUAACUUGGAGGGGCCUUUGGGCUAAUAUAGUAAAGGGCCCUGAAAGCUUUCCCCCCUUUUUUUUUUUUUUUUUGUCCUACUCGUCCCUCUCUCCGAAGUGGCGUUGUCUUCAGAUCUCACAAAGCAGAUGUUGCCCACGGUUUGUUCUCCCCCUCAAAGUGAACGACGGCAAAAAGAAAAUUUAACUAUCUAAAUGGUAGAACAGAGACUUCAGAUUCUAUUCUCCCACUCACCAAAUUAAAGAAAACUUUUUUUUUUUUUUUUCCUU